AUGGAUCCCUUGAGUGCUGGAGCCAGCGUGCUCGCCUUUGUUGGCGUUCUCAACUCCCUCCAGAAAAUCUACGAGAUCUUGUCGUCUAUUAAAAAUGGGUCAUCCAAUGUGCAGCUGACCACCAACAGCGUCAGAAACCUCCAGUCCAUCCUCCAGCAGCUCCAGCGUCAGGAGUCCGUUACGAACCCCCAAGAUAAACUGCAGGUCAAGCAGUGUGCUGAUGAUGUUGAGGCAAUUGCCGUCAAAUUAGAAGGCUUUCAUAUUGCAGCCUCCGAGACCAGAGGUGGAAAGAUCUGGAAGCGUGUUAGAGCUGCGCUGGCCGACAAAGACCUCGUCCAUAUAAACAGGAUCCUCACAAAUCAUGCGUCUGCUCUCAGUCUUCGCUUGAUGAUCCAGCAGAGGAACAUUGUAGUUGAAUGCCGGGACCAGGUUCUCUCGCUUAGAUCUGACAUAGGCGAGCAACAAGAGAAAUCCGACUUGCAGAAAGACUGUCCGAAGGGUGACAGCUACAGCAACAAACCUCCGGCCUUGCAAUCUCAAAUGGACACUAUACUCCAGAUCCUGCGCCGGCUACAAGCAGAUGUACCAGCACGAGCAAUGGGCCAACCUGCGGUGGUCGAAAUAAAUGAUGAUGACUCCAUCGUAGAAGAGAGCAUAGAAGUCAGCAAUUACGAUCAGUUGACGAAUGCAAUCAACGAACUAUGCCUACUUAUUGGCGAUGACGAGUGUACAAUCAGGUCCGAAGACGCCGAUAAGAUCAUCGAGAAUCUAGAGAGACUUUUGAGCUAUGCCAACUUCGUCCAGCUGGAGCCCGUUCGUGGGGCUGUCGAAACAAAAGACCUGGAUAGGCGCGAGCUUUCCAAAGAUCUGAGGCUCCUCUCCGGUCAUGUCACAUCCUCAGCUAAACUAUGUAUCAAUAGAGGCAUGAAGAGAUCACAUUCCGCUGGUGUUGUUCUUCAUCAGAAGCAGCAGUGGCGAGAAUUCGAUAUCGGCACUGGCCGCGUACUCAUCUCCUCAACAAGGAGAAGACGUCAAUUGCGAAGCAGCAAUACGAACAGCUACAGUGGAACUUCCGAUAAAUCGACAGAAAGCGAUGCGGAGGACUUCUCAGCGAUAUUAGCCUUCUUGCCAUCGGAACAGUCCACACAAAACAAAAUGCUGACUGUGUCUAUUUGUCAGACUGAACUAAUGCAAGGGUUGUUAUCGAGUAUCCCUUGUAUCUCUGUCAACCGGGUACGGCCAGGGGAUUCGCCAGUAUUCGCAAUGGUCAAAGACGGUGAUCUGGAUAGCCUUCGGAAAUCUCUGCAACAGGGAACUGCAUCUAUCCGAGAUCAUGACGAAGCGGGGAGAUCUUUGCUAUCUUACGCGACUAGCCAACCAGAAGUCUGCCAGUUCUUGGUUGAAAGUGGCCUCGAUGUAGACCACGUUGCUCCGUGGUUAUACGAUGAAGAAUUCCUCGUUCCCCUGGUCGCUGCGGAGCCAAACGAUUUUGGAACAGCGCCUAUCGACUUAAAGCGUAUGAACCAGUGCCGACGAAUCCUGCUCGAAGCUGGUGCAGAUCCUUCAGCAAUCGUGGAUGGGGCGGGCGGUCGAAAAACCCCUUUCGAAAAAAAUUCGAUAAGAGUCAUGUUAGACAACUGCUGUAUUGACUUAAUGGCCCGUGAUGUGCGUGGAGAAAGCAAUACAGCGUUGCUGCAGUGUUGUCGUGAUAUGGGAUAUGGCGACCAUAGGAGAACUAUCAGUUUCUUACUACGACGGGGCGCCGACAUACAUGCAGUGGACAUUGAUGGCCGUUCAUGCCUUCACGUAGCCAUUAGGGGCGGACGAGGCCCAUGUUGCUUGGAGGAAGAAUUUGCAAUUUUGGUUCUUCUCAUCAAAUCAGGAGCUGAUGUCCAACAGGUGGACCACUGUGGUGGUUCAAUAUCCGAGACAGCAUACUCGAAGAAAAGCUUUGGUAUAUCUGAGAAUAAUGAUGCUGGCAGUUAUCGGGGUGACCUUUGGGAUAGUGUGCUGGCUACCUGCGGUUAUCAAGUCUCCGACUUCCGCCGACAGCACCCACGAGUGGCGCGAUAUACUGUGAAUUACCCACGGUCGAUGUUCCUAAAGCUUUGGGAAGGACAGCAAGACUUGUGUCCGUAUUGGGAGGAGGAUGAAGCAAUAUACGGUCACAGCUUUAGGCUCGGUUGA